AUGGAAAAUGGAGAAGCCAACUUAGAAAGUAAAUUCUCGGGAUUGACGAUGAGCGAUUCAAAUGAUGGAUUAUUUCAGGUCAUGAAAGCAGUGGUAGCUGCUGAGGUCACCAUUAAGCAGCAGGUGGAAGAGAACAAUCGAUUGAAAUCUGAACUUCAGAAAAAGAUUGAGGAACUUAAGAACUAUAAAUCAGGUGAUUUAAAAUCUCAAAUUCCUCAUUCUGAUGAUCGUAGAGUUGAUCAUCUAGUUUUGGGUUUGGAAAGUCAGAUAGGUGGGAUUGGAAAGAUGCACAUCAAUUCUGGACAAGAUUUAUCAAGUACAGUUGUUUCUCAGCAAGAUUUGAUGCAAAGUGAAAUGGAUCGUGGGAUGCACACUUAUAUUGAAAACCACUCAGAUAAUAGCAAGGUCAAUGGAUCAGUGAAAGUGAUUCCUAGUGGUCAAGUGACAUCCGAUAAUUCUGGCCUUUCCCAGUUCGUCUCUCCAUCUACGCAAUCAGUUGCUCCUAGCAGAUACCAACUAGAAAGGGAUUUUGAUUCACAGCUCAAUGUAUCUGGAAGGGGUUUGAUUUCAAUGGCUGAUGUUAAUAAUUCUAAUAGCCCAAAGCAGGAUCUUGUUGUAAAGAUUCGGGAACAUGCAGACGAGAUUAUGCAGUUGAAAAAAUAUCUUGCAGAAUAUUCAGUCAAGGAAUCACAAAUUCGCAAUGAGAAAUAUAUCCUGGAGAAGCGCAUUGCAUAUAUGCGUACGGCCUUUGAUCAGCAACAACAGGAUCUGGUUGAUGCUGCAUCUAAAGCAAUUGCCUACAGACAAGAUAUAAUGGAGGAGAAUGUACGUCUUACAUAUGCAUUGCAGGCUGCACAACAAGACAGAUCAAUGUUUGUAUCUUCUUUAAUGCCUCUUCUUUCUGAGUACUCUCUUCAGCCACCUGUUGCUGAUGCCCAAUCCAUUGUCAGUAAUAUCAAGGUUUUGUUUAGACAUUUGCAGGAGCAGCUUCUUCUCACCGAGGGAAGGCUCAAGGAGUCUCAGUACCAGAUAGCACCUUGGUGA